UCCUACUCUGCGGGCUCCCAGGGAAAAGCAAGAGUGUCCUUCUGAGCCUGGGGCCGCGGCGGCCGAGCCAGGCGAAAGAACCGGUGUCCCCCUCUCCCCCCGAGGUAAGAACGCUCUCCCCCACUACGCCUGAGGGUCCUGCUCGCUGCGCGGCUGGGACUGGAUAAGAGGAAGUCCCAGGGACCUGGAGAGAGCCCUCAGAUCAGCUCUGGGCUGGAAGAGCCCCGAAGAAACCGGUAGGGGAGGAGGGGGGCCACAGGAGCUCUGGAGCCCCAGGACAAUGGACACUAUCAACAGGAACCAAGUGGGCCCUGGAUGCAAGACCCCAGCUAUGGUGCAGAAAGGACCCUUGGACCUGAUCGAAACAGGCAAAGGGCUGAAAGUGCAAACGGACAAACCCCAUCUGGUGAGCCUGGGCAGUGGGCGGCUCAGUACGGCCAUCACUCUUCUGCCGCUGGAGGAAGGGAGGACAGUGAUUGGCUCUGCAGCCAGGGACAUCUCGCUGCAGGGUCCAGGCCUGGCUCCAGAGCACUGCUACAUCGAGAACCUGCGGGGCGCCCUCACCCUCUACCCCUGUGGCAAUGCCUGCACUAUUGAUGGGCUCCUGGUCCGGCAGCCCACCCGACUCACUCAGGGCUGCAUGUUGUGCCUGGGUCAGUCCACCUUCCUCCGCUUUAACCACCCGGCUGAAGCCAAGUGGAUGAAGAGCAUGAUUCCGGCAGGGGGCCGGGCCCCUGGACCCCCCUACAGUCCUGGCCCGGCAGAAUCAGAAAGCUUGGUGAACGGGAACCAUACCCCACAGCCCGCAACCCAGGGACCCUCAGCCUGUGGCAGCCACAGUUCCCUGGUGAGCUCUAUUGAGAAGGACCUGCAGGAGAUCAUGGACUCACUGGUGCUCGAGGAGCCUGGAGCUGCUGGCAAGAAGCCUGCCGCCACUUCCCCACUGUCACCGAUGGCCAAUGGUGGCCGCUACCUGCUGUCCCCCCCGACCAGCCCCGGCGCCAUGUCCGUGGGCUCCAGCUAUGAGAACACCUCUCCAGCCUUCUCUCCGCUCUCCUCACCAGCCAGCAGUGGAAGCUGUGCCAGCCACUCCCCCAGUGGGCAGGAGCCAGCACCUUCCAUGCCCCCCCUGGUGCCUGCCCGGUCCUCUAGCUACCAUUUGGCCCUGCAGCCCUCACAGUCCCGACCCAGUGGUGCUCGCCCCUCUGAGAGCCCCCGGCUGGGCAGGAAGGGGGGUCACGAGAGGCCGCCCAGCCCCGGCCUCCGAGGUCUGCGGACAGACAGCCCUGCAGCCACUGUCUUGGCAGUGGCCUGCAGAGCCACCGAGAGCCCCCGGCCGGCGGGGCAGUUGCCCCUGGUGGCGAUUGGCCUGAGUGAAUACCCGGCUUCCGGUGCCCGUGGCCAACCCACCAGCGUUCCUGGCAGCCCCAAGUUCCAGCCACCAGUCCCUGCUCCUCGAAGCAAGAUUGGUACGCUCCAGGACCGCCCUCCCAGCCCUUUCCGGGAGCUGCCAGGCGCUGAGCGGGUGUUGACAACCAGCCCCUCGCGCCAGCUGGUGGGCCGAACAUUUUCAGAUGGGUCCGCUACCCGCACCCUGCAGCCUCCCGAGAGUCCCCGCCUAGGCCGGCGGGGCCUGGACAGUAUGAGAGAACUGCCUCCCUUGAGCCCAUCUCUGUCCCGAAGGGCUCUCUCGCCCAUGCCCGCCCGGACCACCCCAGAUCCCAAACUAACCAGGGAAGUGGCAGAGAGUCCCCGACCCCGGCGCUGGGCAGCCCAUGGGGCUUCACCAGAGGACUUCUCCGUGACGCUGGGGGCGCGGGGCCGUAGGACACGGAGCCCCUCACCCACACUCGGGGAGUCCCUGGCACCCCGCAAGGGCAGCUUCAGUGGCAGGCUGAGCCCGGCUUAUAGUCUGGGCUCUUUGACUGGGGCUUCACCCCGCCAGAGCCCCCGUGCCCAGAGGAAGCUCUCCAGCGGGGACUUGCGAGUGCCUGUCACUCGGGAGCGGAAAAAUAGCAUCACAGAGAUCAGUGACAAUGAGGAUGACCUCCUGGAGUACCACCGGCGGCAGCGCCAAGAGCGGCUUCGGGAGCAGGAGAUGGAGAGGCUGGAACGCCAGCGCCUGGAGACCAUCCUGAACUUAUGUGCUGAGUACAGCCGGGCCGACGGGGGACCUGAGGCCGGGGAGCUGCCCAGCAUUGGGGAGGCCGCCGCAGUCUUGGCUCUGGCCGGCCGGAGGCCCUCACGAGGCCUUGCGGGGGGCACUGGGGCCUUUGGGCGGAGCAACGAGGAGCCUGGAGGUGCCACCCAACGCCUGUGGGAGACUGUGGAGCGCUCGGACGAGGAGAAUCUCAAGGAGGAGUGCAGUAGCACUGAGAGCACCCAGCAGGAGCACGAAGAUGCACCUAGCACCAAGCUCCAGGGAGAGGUGCUGGCCCUGGAAGAGGAGCGGGCUCAGGUGCUGGGGCGAGUGGAGCAGCUCAAAGUGCGGGUGAAGGAGCUGGAGCAGCAGCUGCAGGAGUCGGCGCGGGAGGCUGAGAUGGAGCGGGCACUGCUGCAGGGGGAGAGGGAAGCAGAGCGCGCGCUGCUGCAGAAGGAGCAGAACGCGCUGGACCAGCUGCAGGAGAAGCUGCUGACCUUGGAGACGGGCAUCCAAAAGGAGAGGGACAAGGAGAGGGCGGAGCUGGCCGCGGGACGGAGGCACCUGGAGGCCCGCCAGGCGCUCUACGCCGAGCUCCAGACGCAGCUCGAUAACUGCCCCGAGUCAGUGCGGGAACAGUUACAGGAGCAGCUGAGAAGGGAGGCAGAAGCCCUGGAGACUGAGACAAAGCUCUUUGAAGACUUGGAGUUCCAGCAGCUGGAGCGGGAGAGCCGCGUGGAGGAGGAGCGCGAGCUGGCUGGCCAAGGGCUGCUCCGGAGCAAGGCCGAGCUGCUGCGUAGCAUCGCCAAGAGGAAGGAGCACCUGGUGGUCCUGGACAGUCAGGCUGGGCAGAUCCGGUCCCAGGCUGUGCAAGAGUCGGAACGCCUAGCCCGGGAUAAGAAUGUCUCCCUGCAGCUGCUGCAGAAGGAGAAGGAGAAACUGGCUAUGUUGGAAAGAAGAUACCACUCGCUCACAGGGGGCAGGGCUUUCCCGAAGACCACGUCGACUCUCAAAGAGUACGUGACGCUUGAGCAGCUAAAGGCCAUGUGGGGCACCUCGCCUGUGCCCGCAGCGCCCGCGCCAGGCCUGCCUCCCUGGGCCCCUGCCUCCCAGGACCUGGUUCCUACCACCUGCCUUCUUCCUGCGCUGCCCUCUUCCUCCUCCUUCGCUUCUAUCCCGCCUUCAGCCCAGAUGGAGAAGCUGCUGCUCCCCGCUGUAGACUUAGAGCAGUGGUACCAGGAGCUGAUGGCCGGGCUGGGGACCGGCCCCGCUGAGGCCUCCCCUCGUUCCUCCCCCCCGCCUCUGCCCGCCAAAGCUUCCCGUCAGCUGCAGGUUUACCGCUCCAAGAUGGAUGGUGAGGCCACUAGCCCCUUGCCCCGGACCCGCAGUGGCCCCCUCCCCUCUUCCUCUGGCUCUUCCUCCUCCUCCUCCCAGCUCAGCGUGGCUACCUUGGGCCGUAGCCCCUCCCCAAAGAGCGCUCUACUCGCCCAGAAUGGCACAAGCAGCCUUCCUCGCAACCUGGCAGCCACGCUGCAGGACAUUGAGACCAAGCGCCAGCUGGCCCUCCAGCAGAAGGUCGAGUCGCUUCCUGCCGAGCCCCUCCCAACUGACGACCCAGCAGGGCAGCAGGUGAUCGAGGAGCAGCGGCGGCGGUUGGCUGAGCUGAAGCAGAAGGCGGCGGCCGAGGCGCAGUGCCAGUGGGACGCCCUGCACGGGGCCGCCCCCUUCCCGGCCGGGCCCUCGGGCUUCCCGCCGCUCCUGCAUCACUCCAUCCUGCACCACCUGCCGGCGGCCAGGGAGCGAGGGGAGGAGGGAGAGCACGCCUACGACACGCUGAGCCUGGAGAGCUCAGACAGCAUGGAGACCAGCAUCUCCACGGGGGGCAACUCGGCCUACUCCCCCGACACCAUGUCCAGUGCCAGCGGCCUGGAUGUGGGGAAGACGGAAGAAAUGGAGAAGAUGCUGAAAGAAGCUCAUGCGGAGAAGAGCCGGCUCAUGGAGUCGAGGGAGCGGGAGAUGGAGCUGAGGCGGCAGGCCUUGGAGGAGGAGCGGAGGCGGCGGGAGCAGGUGGAACGGAGGCUGCAGGGUGAGAGCGCCCGGAGGCAUCAGCUCGUGGAGAAGGAGGUCAAGAUGCGGGAGAAGCAGUUCUCGCAGGCACGACCCCUGACCCGCUACCUGCCGAUCCGGAAGGAGGACUUUGACCUGAAGACCCACAUUGAGUCCUCGGGCCACGGCGUGGAUACCUGCCUGCAUGUCGUGCUCAGCAGCAAGGUCUGCCGUGGCUACUUGGUCAAGAUGGGCGGCAAGAUUAAAUCAUGGAAGAAGCGCUGGUUUGUCUUCGAUCGACUCAAGCGCACCCUUUCCUAUUAUGUGGACAAGCAUGAGACGAAGCUGAAAGGGGUCAUCUAUUUCCAGGCCAUUGAGGAAGUGUACUAUGACCACCUGCGCAGUGCAGCCAAGAGCCCGAACCCGGCCCUCACCUUCUGUGUGAAGACCCACGACCGGCUGUACUACAUGGUGGCCCCGUCCGCAGAGGCCAUGCGCAUCUGGAUGGAUGUCAUCGUCACCGGGGCGGAGGGCUACACCCAGUUCAUGAACUGACCGAAUGGGCCUCGUGGACCCUCAGGCCGGCCCAGGACCCAUGCCCAACUGCCUGCUGCUCCACUCGCCCCGGAGACAGUCACGCCCUGGGCCUCAGGCCUCACACAAGUGCUCCCAGAGGCCCUGGAGGGCGGAGCAUGACUGGGGUUUUGUACAAGAAGUGACUUUGUAAUGUUCUGUAAGGAGCUCGUCCUGUGAGUUUCUGAGCUCCGGCCCCCUAAAGAACCGGCCAGGAGAUAAAAGUUGGGGAGGGGGCUUUGCUGCCUCCUGGGAACCCAGAACUUGCAAUAACCCUUCAGGGUCCUGCCCCAGGCCCAGCCAGGCUGAGCAGCUGUCACAGAGGGGCCCCUCUGCUCUGACCUGGCACCUGCGCUCCCCAACCUGUGUUCUCUUUUGUAAAGGACAAAUUAUGGUACCAGAAACUGCCAAAGAUCCCCUCUUGCCUCAGCUCCCUUUGCAGGGGCCUUGGGGGCUGAGCAGAGCCACAUUCAGAGUGGGGUAACAGCUCAGGCGGUGUACUUCUCAAACCCCGCUCUACCCCACUGUUGUCCUGCGUUUAUAUUUUUUAUUACUUUGCUGAAGGGCCAGAGACCGAAAGUGUCAUCCUUGAGGUCCCAGCCCUAUCACCUUUUUGCAGACCCAUCACCAUGGUCACCACAGUGACGGCUUCAUCGCCAUGGUUACAUACUAAUUGCCAUGGCUCCAUGGCUCAGCCCACCGCUUCAGCAGUGGACCCAUCUGAGGCUAUGUGCCAUCAUCUCUCCAGCCCAGGCCCUUGGGCAUCUCCUGCUGGGGGGGAGGGACUGAACACCUUCUCCCUGGCCCCUGCCUGCGUCUCCAGGCCCUGAUACACAGCCUGCUGGCUCCCCUGUCCAGCCCUCCCCCUUCCACUCGUGCCUUGCCUAGAGCCAGAAGGGGUGAAGCUGGGAACUAGAGACCAGAGGAGGAGCCACUGGAUGGGAGAAGAAGCUAGACGGGCUGUCCUUGGGGUUCUGUUAUAGGGCUGAGUUUCUGACAGACAGAGGGCUGUUCAGAUUCUCCCUGAUGGAAGUCCUGAGCAGGAGAGGAAGCAGCAGAGGGGGGGCCCUGAGGUCUGGUUGCCCUCCCUGCAGCCUCAGAAGGGGGAUGAAAUGGAGAGCAGAAGACCAGGCUUCCAGCUGUCUGUGCUCAGCCCUUUCCGCCUUAACACUAAGCCCACCUCCCUGUCCCCCUUCCCAGCCCUGGGCCAUGGUUGCUGGGUCCAGGCUGGAUGUUUUUCAGUAUUUGUAAGCAUCUCAGCAGAACAAUAAAGCAUUUGGACUAUG